CCCAACUCGAAAUUGCCUACCAUCCCGCUAUUUUCCUCAAAGCUGUUUUCAGCUUUGUCUUCUCACUAUCCCCUUUCUCGAAACCUCUUCUUGUACUGUUGACGCCUCUCAAUUUUCAGCACACCCUUGUUCUAGCUCUGCCUCUUAUGUGGUCUUGUCUGAGCUCCAAUCUCAAUCAAAAUAGUUCCGAUUUACAUAACCCAAGCGAACUUUGUUUAAACAGCUGGUCAUGGCCAGCAGACCGACGUACGAAAUCGGAGCUACUUGGAGCAGCGAGCACAACACAGACGUUAAAUUAAAUGUCUCUGUAGGCGACAAGCACUUCCGCAUCGACCUUUUCACUACAAAUUUUGAGGCCAAUCCAAAGCUGCUGAAGGAGUACCUGCUUCAUGUUGAACGCUCAGACCCAACGUACAUACCACCGUCGUUAGAAGAUUCUGAUGACAAUGAAUUUGUCGACCCUCUGGAAGAAUUCUACGACUGGGCCACGAAACCUUUUGCUGCUCUGUUCCGCGAAAUCCCGCCUUUAGACCGAGAUCGAUUGUACACGCUCCAAGACUGUCUAUUUCCUGAACAGUUCGUAUACACCCUACAGGUGGCUGGCGAUGAGUUGGUUCCGGUCCCGCGCGAUGUCAACCCAGAUAGUCGUUUGGUUGGUGUGCUACUUCCUGCCUCCAAAACGCUCGACAAGAGUACGCUCCCAGUCUACCGUCCUAAUGAUAUCCACGUGCGGCUCAACGACAAUGUGGUGGCCUUACCAACGAACCCUUGUAAGGUGUACAUUAAGGGAAAGGAUGUCUGCUUUUUUAAGCAGAUACUGGCGGGUGACGUUGGCAUGACAGUUACGGAGCUCGCUACCUAUACCAAGAUUAAUGCGGCUAAGCUUGGCGAAGACGUGCGCGUUUCCCGUCUCCUUGGUGUAGUAGAAGAUGAGCACACCUCAAGGAUCGUUGGACUGCUGCUGUCGUAUAUCGAUUGCGAGAACAUGACACUGUCCUGUGCGGCACAGGCUGGCGAGCGCGCGUCACACGACAAAUGGCUGAAGCAGAUAACACAUUCUCUAAAAGAGCUUCAUGCACGCCAAAUCGUCUGGGGAGAUGCAAAGCCUGAUAACGUUCUUAUCGACAUGCAUGAUGACGCAUAUUUGGUUGAUUUUGGAGGUGGUUACACGCAUGGUUGGGUAGAUAAGGAGUUAAUAAAUACUCAAGAAGGCGAUUUGCAGGGUCUUCAGCGUAUAGCGGCAUAUCUCACUGGAUUGUCUGUAGGAUGACAAUGCAAGUUACUUCGAAAUUGGGACCUGCCCCGUCCCAGAGAUAGAUAGUCUACUAGAGAAUCCGGUGCGGUUGCUAGCG